AUGAGUCUCUUUCAGAGGGGACUCGGCGCCCAAGUGUCAGCGUUUGCGACUCGUCCCCGGUCGAUCAACCCCAACAUUCGAGCGCCGCUUCGGCGGGUGCGUCAGCCGCGCCGACACAAAUCCUCCGACGCCCCAACGACGCCUGAAACACCUGCGGAGAGCAAGAUUGGUGGUGAUGGAGUGUCGGGGAAUGCGAGUGCAAAUGCAAAUGCAAAUGCGUCGCCAAAGCCCGCUCAGUCGGAUAUCUCAACUGCUCAGACUGUGAACACCGCAGCAGCAGCGGCAGGCGCAGCGACGGCACCGGGUGCCGCAAAUGCGGUGGUGCAGUCUAGGGGACUGCGCGAGAUUAUAAAAGCUGGUCCCCUGGGUCGGCUGGGCAGGUGGUAUUCGCGCGUCCAGGAGCGCAAGCCGUAUACGACGCAGUUCUACAGCUCCAUUGUCAUCUAUCUGUGCGGAGACUUGAGCGCACAGCUGAUGUUUCCCUCGGAGGCACCUCCACCUGCUAAGACUGCGGGGAAAGAUAACAAGGCAACGGAGGAUGAAGAGGAGAAGGAGGUCAGUCGUGGGGGUGGAUAUGACCCGUGGCGAACAGUGCGACACUUGAUUGUGGGUGCAGGAUCGAGUAUCCCGUCAUAUAACUGGUUCAUGUUCCUCCAUAAUCACUUCAACUACCCCUCAAAAGUCCUCUCCAUCUUGACCAAAGUCGUCGUCCAACAAAUCUGCUUCACCCCCGUCUUCAACACCUACUUCUUCAGUCUGCAUUCGCUCCUCGCGGGCGCCACCCUAGAUGAAACAUGGGAGCGCCUGAAGAAGGCUCUCCCGGUCAGCGUGACAAAUAGCGUCAAGCUUUGGCCCGCCGUCACUGCCUUCAGCUUCAUGUACGUGCCGGCGCAGUUCCGAAACGUAUUCUCGGGCGUCAUUGCUGUUGGCUGGCAGACAUACUUGAGCUGGUUGAAUCAGAAGGCAGCGCGUGAGGUCCUGGCGGCUGAGUUCGCGGCGGAAGAGAGCAAGAUUCAAGGUGUGCAAGCAAUGGCUGGGAACUUGGUUCCUGCCACGGCUGCUGCUUAG